AUGCUUUACAGGAAAUAUCUCGUAUUCGCCAUUACUCUUUUUGCAUCAACAGCACCUUUGGGAGAUGCACGGGCUAUUGACAUCACUCGUCCGCUGGCAAGAGGAUGUGGUUCAAUCCUCAGUGCGGCCAAACAAGCGCUGUUCGAACAAGAUUUCCGCUCCCACCGAAUCGUCUCGUCAUCGCGUACGGGUCCUAUCACCAUCCAAACCUAUUUCCAUGUCAUUUCCAAGGACGACACGGAAGCUGGAGGAAACAUCAGCGACGAGGCCAUCGACAGGCAGAUGCGCACCCUCAAUACUGCGUACAGGUCAAGUGAAAUCACCUUCAACUUGACCAAGAUCACCAGGACCAGCAACGAACGUUGGUUCAGACAAGUUGGACCCAGCAACGCUGAGAUAGAGGCGGAGAUGAAGGACACGUUGCGAGAGGGAGGCGCAGACGCUCUCAACGUCUACACUGUCGGUUUCGAAGUUGGCGACAUUGGCUUGCUUGGCUAUGCAACCUUCCCUCAUGAAUACAAAGCCUUCCCCAACGAUGAUGGUGUUGUCGUUCUUCAUAGCACUCUGCCCGGUGGUACCACCCAGAAUUACAACCUCGGCCAUACUCUGACUCACGAGGUCGGCCACUGGGUUGGCUUGUAUCACACCUUCCAAGGAGGUUGCACUGGACCCGGAGAUGAAGUAGACGACACCCCUGCUCAGUCAAGCCCUUCCACCGGAUGCCCCGUUGGACGUGACUCUUGCCCAGGUGGUGGCUUGGAUCCCAUCGACAACUUCAUGGACUAUUCCUUCGAUAGCUGCAUGGCCCGCUUCACCCCCGGUCAAGUCACGCGUAUGCGCGAUCAGCUCACCACUUAUCGCCUUCCACGGGACAACUCGCCCAAGGUUCCCACCAAGCCCACAUUCCCCUCCAUCCCCCUUCCUCCGAUCCUUCAACCACCGACCUCUGGUACCAGCGAGUCCGCCAUUGCCGCACCUGUCCAAUCCGAGCCGGCUCCCGCUCCCUCUGCUCAACCCGAGCCAAUCGCCGCACCUGAACCAGUUCAACCCGAGCCAGUUCCCGCUCCCGAGGCUAGUAUCCAGCCCGAGCCAAUCCCCGUCCCCGAGUCUGUUCAACCCGAGCCAGCUCCCACCUCCGCACCUGUCUCGCCCACCGACCUGAGCGACUCGAAAUUGGAUGACUGCCCUGCCCCUAGCCCUUCCACCGUCACUGUGACGAACUUUGUCACGGUCACGGUUCCCGCUACUCCCCCUUCUGCCACUCCCGAGCCGAGCUUGGUCUAA